AUGUGUCGUCUUCGCAAACCAGUAUUGCUCACGCAAUCAAACACCCAUUUCCGAUCUCGACCUCAGAUCAGUCGAUGGUUGCAUCGUUCACCAGGACAACAUUGUCAUUCCUCGUCCGCUUUUCAACCGCCUUUCGAUCUCCACCUGCUCAGUGAUCCGGAUUUUCGCGAACAGACUCGUGCAAAUCUACUGGCUCGAGAGUCCCCGCUCGACUUUGAUACAAUGGUAUGUGCCUUCCAGCGAAUCGCAUUGAUGGAGUGA